UCAGUUUCAAGAUAUUGAAAACAAACUAAUUGUUGAUCGAGAGUUUAAUAUGUUAUGUUUAUUAUGUUUAAAAAAUUAUCUCUACACCAAUGUGUCGAAGAAAUUCUUUUUUUUUAGUUUUUCAUUGUUAAUUCACUGAUUGCAAGUACACGUCAUAAUAUACGCCCUGAUAUGAAAUAUUAUAUACAUGUAUGCAAUUGAUUUUUACAAGUGUGCUGCGAAUUUAUACUGUUAAACGACAUAUUUCUUAUAGUAAGCUGGGACCAUGAAUACAUACCGCAGACGUGGAUUAGCCAAGGUAAUAGCUGAAAAGGCGUUACUUAGCGAGUCCUUGAAGAACUUAAACAAAGCUACCUGGUACUCUGUGGACAAAUCCCAAUUAGACAACGACGUGUAUUCGAGUUUUGUGCAGAUGCACGCGGACGCGGACACCGAACGGUUCUUGGACGAUUCGAUCGAACAGAGCGACAGGCUAUUGCCGCAAGUGUGGAAAUCGAUGGUGUCAUCGGUGCUGAACGUGUUCAUGACGAAGACUUCGAUCAACGGACUGUUGCGGAGAGGAUCCAUGUUCGUGUUUUCCACCGACCAGAUCAGACGCCUGCUGAAUAUGACAUUUUUUGACAGCGGCUCGACGCUAAUCGAUUUGGGCGCCGGUGACGGAGCCACUACCGAAAAGUACUUGCCCUUGAUCCGUGAGAUCUACACAACCGAAAAAUCAGGGCCGAUGAUCCGGAUUUUGGCUGAAAAGGGUUUCAGAUUGUUGGACGUCGACAAUUGGUGGACUCGCGAAGAGAAAUUCGAUGUAGUGUCGUGUCUGAACCUGUUGGAUCGUUGCAGCAAUCCGGCAGAGCUCUUGGAAGAAAUGAAAAAAGCCCUGAAACCCAACGGCAGGAUCGUCGUAGCGCUGGUGUUGCCGUACAAACCCUACGACGAAUUCAGUUCCGCGGAACCGGAACAAAAAUUGCCGAUCACUGGCGUAACGUUCGAGGAACAGGUGUGUUCAGUGGUGCACGACGUGUUCGAACCGUCUGGACUGGAAGUUCUAUGCUGGACAAGACUCCCGUACCUGUGCGAGGGUGACCUGAGCCAGGAUUACUAUUGGCUGCAUGACGCCGUCUUCGUUAUGUCAGCGAAAACACCACCGAAAGUCGUCGAGAACGCAUAGCACUCCCUAAUCUACGUACAGGGUGAUUCUCUUGUUAUGGCCAUAUUAGUAAAUUACCACAGAUUAUAUACAAUUUUAUAUAAUCUGUGAUGUUACAUUAAUUUUCUCGGUGAAUUUAUGUAUUUUUGAAUACAUUUUCUUGCUUACAAUAAAAGUAAUCAGCUAAAGCGAAUACAACACGCAUUAUCGUGUUUGAUUUUUAUUUUCUGAAACUACAUAAUAAGUAUCAUAAGUACAUUUUUUAUUUUAUAUUACAAAGUUAAAUAUUUUCCUGAGAAGUUUAAAAUAAAAAAAAACUCUAAUUUUGAACCUGUGUUAUUAGUCAAUGACGUAUCUAGUAUAAUAUACUAAUUAGUAAUUACACUCCGAGGAGGGAUGUGAAAAUAUUUCUGUACAAAAUAUAGGUACACAACGUUCAUAUACAAAUGGAUAUUACCUACCUAUGUGGCUAUGUCCUAUACUCCUAUAUACAGGGUUUUAUUUUAUAAUACAAAAUCUAAUGUUCUACGACUCUACGUGUAAAAUAACGUCAAAUAAUAUCAAUUACUUCAUUCGUAUUGUGAUUUGUGAUGUUGUUUUUGUGCACAUUUGUACAAACCAGCUAUUUUAUGGUCAUGAGGAAAGGAUAUGAUCAUCCGUCGUACCUGAAAGUGUAGUCCCAUCGCAAAUUUCAUCUAUUCCUUGGUCAGUGACUAUUCCAUUAUAUAUAUGUUUCGUACGACGCGCUGUACCUAUAAAGCUAUAUAGGUACUUAAUCAAUUACCUAUAUGAUUUAAAGUUAUUUGAUGAACGGGGUAGUGAACCAAAGUUUUGCGGACUACCUAUUCCCUAUGUCAUAUUGCAGUACUCAUCUGAUCUUAAAUUUAAAUGUUUUCAAGUUUUAACCGAUUAACCACUAGUUGGAUAUUCUAUUUUAAUGCGUAAAAACUAUCAGAAAAAUAUUUUUGAAUCAGAAUUGGAAUUUUAAAAUUUACCAACCCAAGUCAAUAUUCAAAAGCCGACUACGAUAAAGAAAAUUUAAAAAAAUGUAUUUUAAUGACUAAAUUAUGUAAGAUAAAUAUUUUCCACAACAUAAAUUUAUUGAGAAAAUGACAGUACCUACCUACUUAUAUUAAUAAAAAAAUCACCCGAUACAUAAUAUAAUAUAUACGUAUUCACAGCGAUAAUGUCUUCAGGUAAAAUUAAUUGAUGGAAAGGUAUAAUAAAAACUCAUUUGUGUAUGUUUAAUA